AUGCAGAAAAAUCAGAGGGAAUGGGAAACUGGUAAGAUUGAUCGGGUCCGGUAUUAUCGGUGGUAUAAUGAUGUUAAUCUGGAAUUUUAUUUAUCUUCAACAUGGUCACAAAUAGUUGUUUUUGGUGUACGGUCUUUAUUUACUGAAAGACAGAGAGAUCUACCUUCUGUACUUUUCUAUAUCAACCGGUUAAAAAAUAGAGUGAAAAUGGAAGCGAAAGGACAUUUUGUAAUCGAAGAUAGCCAAAUCGCUGCCAAAUUUAUCCGCCUGUUAUUCGAUUAA